CCUCAUCUGUCUGCAGAGAGACCUAUAUAAAGAGCCGCAAAAUGCUUCCUUGUCUCAAGCAUCUGAGCCUCAACACCAGAAACGAGCAAUCAUAUGCGCACACACGCAAAAAACAAGUCAACCCAGAUCCUAAAGAUCGAAUCUUGACUUGAGGAAGGAAGGAAGAAGAAAUGGUGAUGCGCAGCGCGGCGGCGGCGGGUCUCGCGGUGCGCAGGGGCUCGGGAGCGAGGAGCGACCCGAAGUUCAGGGGGGUGAGGCAGAGGAGGUGGGGCAAGUGGGUCUCCGAGAUCCGCUUCCCCAACAGCCCCCAGAGGCUCUGGCUCGGCUCCUACGACUCACCGGUGAAGGCUGCCCGCGCCUUCGACGCCGCGCUCUUCUGCAUCCGUGGCCCCACCGCGAAUUUCAACUUCCCGGACAGCCCCCCAGAGAUCCCCGGCGGCGGGUCCCUCACGCCCCCGGAGAUCAAGGCGGCCGCGGCGUGGUACGCCGAGUCGGGGCCCAUGCCGGCCUGGCUCGAGCUGCCCGGAUCCGCAUCGCUGGCCCCGCCGCCUUCGCCGUCUGUUUCGGAGGCGAGCAGCGUCCUGACGAUCGAGAACGACCUGUACUUGGACGUAUCAUCCUCGGAUCUUUCGGCGGGUCCAGAGCCGGGUUCCGGCGAGCUCGAUCUCGGGGAGUUCCCGGGCAUCGAGGAGUGUCCCAGCGAUUUCAACGGGAUGCAAUUCCCAAGUUUGGGGAGUUUGGAUCUGAAUCUUGAUGUGUCCUUGGCUCUGGAUUUCUUCUUCCUGUGGGGUUUCUGAAGUGGACGGAAGGAAGAAGCCUUGAUAGAUGAAGAUAGCGGAUUAUUUUAUUUUGCCAUAAGAUUUUCCUUUUCUUUUCUUUUCCUUUUGUUCUUGGGAUGGACCAGAUUUUGUAGGGUCAUCAUCCUAGUCUUUAGGAUGAUACAGACAACAAAAGCUGACUUUUGGGGUGUAAAUUGACGUAGCUUUUGUUGUUUUGGUUCAUUCCUU